GUGCUGCUCUCCUGGCCCGGCAGAUUCCGCCACCGAAGCUUCUCAGUACGGUGUUUCGAAGUCAGACGUCAAAUCGGGGACCGAAAAUAGUAGUGUGGGCGGGAGGGCAGAGGGACAGAGGCGCGGGGGGAGGCACAGCUCCCCACCCUACCUUGCCGGGGCUACGGAGAAGGCCGGCCACGCCUCCGCCUCCUCGUGACGUCACUCCCGCGCCGCUGUUGGUGUGUCCCGUCUGCUUCGCACGCUCUUUGCAGUCUUACGGGUUGUCCUUUCGACCCCUCUCCAGCCACUCCUCCCGGGGGUCCAGCGGCCCGGGGGCCCAAUUCGCGUCCCGAAAGCUGGAGAGCCGCGGACCUAGAGGGGCGUGUGUGCAGCCCCGGGCGGGCUCCGGAAGGGCAGGCUACGCGUGGCUGAGGGGGCGAGGGCAGAGCACCGCUGUUUGCGGAUCCUCGCAGCGCGGCGCAGGAAUUGCUUCAUCAUGAGAAAUCUAAAAUUACUUCGGACCCUGGAGUUCAGGGAUAUUCAGGCUCCAGGGAAACCUCAGUGCUUUUCUCUCCGAACUGAACAGAGGACAGUGCUCAUUGGCUCAGACCAUGGACUGAUAGAAAUAGACCCCGUCACAAGGGAAGUGAAAAAUGAAAUUUCUUUAGUGGCGGAAGGCUUUCUUCCAGAGGACGGAAGUGGCUGCAUUGUUGGCAUUCAGGACUUGCUGGAUCAGGAGUCUGUGUGUGUGGCCACAGCCUCCGGAGAUGUCAUACUCUGCAAUCUCAGCACAUGCCAGCUGGAAUGUGUAGGGAGUGUGGCCAGUGGCAUCUCCAUCAUGAGUUGGAGUCCUGACCAAGAACUGGUGCUUCUUGCUACAGGUCAACAGACCCUAAUUAUGAUGACAAAAGACUUUGAGCCCAUCAUGGAACAGAAGAUCCACCAGGAUGAUUUUGGUGAAAGCAAGUUUAUCACUGUGGGAUGGGGCAGGAAGGAGACGCAGUUCCAUGGAUCAGAAGGUCGGCAAGCGGCCUUUCAGGUGCAAAUGUACGAGUUGGCUUUGCCCUGGGAUGACCAUAGACCACAAGUGACCUGGCGUGGUGACGGCCAGUUUUUUGCUGUGAGUGUUGUUUGCCCAGAGACAGGAGCCCGGAAAGUGAGGGUAUGGAACCGAGAGUUUGCUUUACAGUCCACCAGUGAGCCUGUGGCAGGACUGGGACCAGCUCUGGCUUGGAAGCCCUCAGGUAGUUUGAUUGCAUCCACACAAGAGAAACCCAGUCAGCAGGAUAUUGUGUUUUUUGAGAAAAACGGCCUUCUUCAUGGACAUUUUACACUUCCUUUCCUCAAAGAUGAGGUUAAGGUAAACGGCCUGUUCUGGAAUGCAGAUUCCACUGUGCUUGCAGUUUGGCUGGAGGACCUUCAGAGGGAAGAAAAUUGUACUCUAAAAACCUAUGUGCAGCUCUGGACUGUUGGGAACUACCACUGGUAUCUCAAGCAAAGUCUGCCCUUCAGCACCUGUGGGAAGAGCAAGCUGGUGUCUCUGAUGUGGGACCUGGUGACCCCGUACCGGCUGCAUGUUCUCUGUCAGGGCUGGCAUUACCUCUGCUAUGACUGGCACUGGACGACUGACCGGAGCUCAGGAGAUAAUUCGAGCGACAUGGCAAAUGUGGCUGUCAUUGAUGGAAGCAGGGUACUGGUGACAGUCUUCCGGCAGAGUGUAGUUCCACCUCCCAUGUGCACCUACCGGCUGCUGCUCCCACACCCUGUGAAUCAAGUCAUGUUCUCUGCACACCCCCAGAAGAGUAAUGACCUAGCGGUCCUAGAUGCCAGUAACCAGAUUUCUGUGUAUAAAUGUGGUGAUAGUCCAAGUGUGGACCCUACGGUGAAACUGGGAGCUGUGGGUGGAAAUGGAUUUAAAGUUUCUCUUGGAACACCUCAUCUGGAAAAGAGAUACAAAAUUCAGUUUGAGAAUGGUGAAGAUCAAGAAGUAAACCCAUUGAAGCUCAGCCUUCUCACCUGGUUUCAGGAAGAUGUUUUCCUGGCUGUAAGCCACAGUCACUCCAGCCCACAGUCUGUCAUUCACCAUCUGACUGUGAUGCCUUCUGUGACGGAUGAUGAGCCCGGACAGCUCAGUAUUAGUUCGUCUGUGGCAGUGGAUGGAGUCAUAAUCAGUCUGUGUUGCAGUUCCAAGACCAAGUCAGUAGCACUGCAGCUGGCUGGUGGCCAAAUGCUUAAGUACCUUUGGGCUGCCCAUCCUGCAGAGUCACCCUCUCUGGCUGUUGAACCAUGGAAGAACCCUAGUGGAUUUCCUGUUCGGUUUCCUUAUCCUUGCACACAGACUGAAUUGGCCAUGAUUGGAGGAGAGGAAUGUGUCCUUGGUCUGACCGACAGAUGCCGCUUUUUCAUCAGUGACACUGAGGUUGCUUCAAAUAUCACAUCGUUUGCUGUAUAUGGUGAAUUCUUGUUGUUGACAACCCAUUCCCAUACCUGCCUGUGUUUUUGCUUGAGAGAUGCUUCAUUUAACACAUUACAUGCAGGUCUGAGCAACAACCACGUGUCUAAAGGGGAAUCUCUGCGGAAGGUGGAGAGGGGUUCACGUAUUGUCACCGUUGUGCCCCAGGACACCAAGCUUAUAUUACAGAUGCCAAGGGGAAACUUAGAAGUUGUUCAUCAUCGAGCUCUGGUUUUAGCUCAGAUUCGGAAGUGGCUGGACAAACUUAUGUUUAAAGAAGCAUUUGAAUGCAUGAGAAAAUUGAGAAUUAAUCUCAAUCUGAUCCAUGACCAUAACCCGAAGGUAUUUCUUGAAAAUGUGGAAACCUUCAUAAGACAGAUAGAUUCUGUAAAUCAUAUCAAUUUGUUUUUCACAGAAUUGAAGGAAGAAGAUGUUACAAAGACCAUGUAUCCUCCACCGGUUACCAGCACUGCCCAGCUGUCCAAGGAUCCUGAUGAGAAAAAAGUAGACCUCAUCUGCGAUGCUCUGAGAGCAGCCAUGGAGAGCAUAAACCCUCACAAGUACUGCUUGUCAAUACUCACCUCUCACGUGAAGAAAACAACCCCAGAACUGGAAAUUGUGCUGCAGAAGGUACACGAGCUUCAAGGCAGUGCUUCGCCUGUUCCCGAUGCUGUGAGUGCUGAAGAAGCCCUGAAGUAUUUGCUGCUUCUGGUAGACGUUAAUGAAUUAUAUGAUCAUUCUCUUGGGACGUAUGACUUUGAUUUGGUCCUCAUGGUAGCUGAGAAGUCACAGAAGGAUCCCAAAGAAUAUCUGCCAUUUCUUAAUACACUUAAGAAAAUGGAAACCAAUUAUCAGCGGUUCACCAUAGAUAAAUACUUGAAGCGAUAUGAAAAAGCCAUCGGGCACCUCAGCAAAUGUGGACCCGAAUACUUCCCAGAAUGCUUAAACUUAAUAAAAGAUAAAAACUUGUAUAAGGAAGCUCUGAAGUUAUUUCCAUCAGACUCGCAGCAAUACAAGGAGAUCAGCAUUGCUUAUGGGGAACACCUGACACAGGAGCACCUCUACGAGCCAGCAGGGCUCGUGUUUGCCCGCUGUGGUGCCCAUGAGAAAGCUCUCAGUGCCUUUCUGGCCAGUGGCAGCUGGCAGCAAGCUCUCUGCAUGGCAGCCCAACUUAACUGGACCAAAGACCAGCUGGCUGGCCUCAGCAGAACUCUGGCAGGAAAGCUGGUUGAGCAGAGGAAGCAUGGUGAUGCAGCCACAGUCUUGGAACAGUACGCCCAGGAUUAUGAAGAAGCUGUGCUCUUGUUAUUAGAAGGAGCUGCCUGGGAAGAAGCUCUGAGACUGGUAUACAAAUACAACAGACCAGAUAUUAUAGAAACCAAUGUAAAGCCUUCCAUUCUAGAAGCCCAGAAGAAUUAUGUGGCACUUCUGGAGUCUCAGACAGCCACAUUCUGUCGCCAUAAACAACGUUUAUUGGUGGUUCGAGAGCUCAAGGAGCAAGCACAGCAGGUGAACCUGGAUGAUGAGGUGCCCCAGGGUCAAGAGUCAGACCUCUUCUCUGAAACCAGCAGUGUCCUGAGUGGCAGUGACAUGAGCGGCAGAUAUUCCCAUAGCAACUCGAGGAUAUCAGCGCGAUCGUCUAAGAAUCGCCGCAAAGCAGAGAGGAAGAAGCAUAGCCUCAAAGAAGGGAGUCCACUAGAGGAUCUGGCCCUUUUGGAGGCACUGAAUGAAAUCGUACAGAGCACUGAAAAAUUGAAAGAUGAAGUAUACCAGAUUUUAAAGGUGCUCUUUCUGUUUGAGUUUGAUGAGCAAGGAAGGGAAUUACAGAAGGCCUUUGAAGAUACUCUCCAGCUAAUGGAAAGGUCACUUCCAGAAAUUUGGACUCUCACCCACCAGCAGAAUUCAGCUACGACGGUUCUAGGUCCCAAUGCUACUGCCAAUAGUAUCAUGGCCGCUUACCAACAACAGAAGACUGCAGUUCCUGUUCUUGAUGCUGAGCUUUUGAUACCCCCAAAGAUCAACAAAAGAACCCCGUGGAAACUGAGCCUUCUAGAGUGACUGACCCCAGUUAGGAGGACCCCAGCAGAGACUGUUUUCCUUCCGCUCCUCACUCCUUGAGGCCUGG